AUGGAAGCUGGAAUCAAGCGAAAGGCUCAUGACGCUGCGGAGAAUCCGGAGAAGCGGGCGAGGGUGAGUACAAAUCAAUCAAUCUCUGUCCGAGAACGCUCCGGGCGGAUGAAUCACCCGUAGCUAGAUAAGAAUAGCAUCACUGAUCUGCCUCCAGACCAAGAAGCAAUGGCGCGUGCCGAGAAAGAACGAUCACGGGGCCCCACAUGCCAAAGUCAUCGAGCCUGGCGACAGCGGGGUCUGGAUCACUUGCCAGAAGGGCAAGGAAGUCAAAUGCAUAGGCGAGAUGAAAGACCUCUUCGCAGACUAUGGUCAACGCCUGUAUCCCCAAGUGACAGACGCCAAGAAAAUUGACGCCGGCGGCGACGCUGACGGAGUGGACGGAGACGACAUUGAAAAAGCCAUCAGAGCAGAGGUCGAUGACAUCCGAAAGCCGCAGGGCGCUCGCCUUUUCACCCCGGUCAGCACAAAUAUGCAGUGUGGUAAGCCAUCUUCAGCCCCCAAAAGCGCAUUUCGAUAUUGAUCGUUCGUCAAGUGAUCUUCUUCAAGACGAGCGCUCCGGUGGAUCCUGUGUCGUUGGUGAAGACGAUUUGCGAGGACGCCAUGUCGGAUAGCGAGAAGAAGCGGACGAGGUUCGCCAAACGCCUGUCGCCAAUGACACUCAUGGGCCGAGCUUCGACGGAAGGUCUCGAGAAGGUUGCGCAGGAGGUCCUUGCUCCGCACUUCCACCAGGAGCCUUUCCAGAAGCGAAAGGUAUGCAAUCUUGUGAAGAUAUCCAAGGAAGCAGGAUCAGCAUGUCAUCUCCGUACGGCUGACACUUGUUCUGGCAGUUUGCAAUCCGGCCGACACUUCGAAAUCAUAAUAUCCUGACGCGAGACAGCAUAAUCAAACAGGUCGCGUCCAUCGUUGGUCCGGGGCAUCAGGUUGACUUGACGAACUACGACUUGCUCAUUGUCGUCGAGGUCUACCAGGUCAGUGGCUCGCAAGCACCUCGCAUAGCAUCGCAUGGGAAACACGCUAAUACGCUCUCUCAGAACGUGUGCGGUGUCAGUGUCUUCGAUGACAGCUUCGAAAAGCUGAAGCGUUACAAUAUUUCGGAGAUUUUUGACCCUACGCCCAGAGAGGAGAAUGCGACGAGCUGA